AUGUUUGGUUGUAUAGCCGCUGGUAGACUCGUGCAGACGGAUCUGCAGCAGAUAGAUGAGACGCAUUUUACAUUCAGCCUGAGCAAGCCAGAGGAGCUUAACCAUGUCGUUAUCUUCCUCACUGGCCAGGUCGCUUUCCCAGAUGGAAUUGGCGCUACGGUGCACUUCCUCUUCCCUGGCUACGAAAAAGGCUGGCAACUGCUAGGAAAAGUGAGCAACGAGAAGCCAUCAGCUAUUUUCAGACUGAGGGGGAGUGCGAUCCCGUCAAAACUUAGCUCGAAUACACUCAACACUGUAAACAACAACAAUACUCAAGCUAUUAUUGGUAUUUCUGUUGAACCUAUAAAUCAAGUCGAUAGCCAGACUAUGGCUCUCACUCCUGCCAACACCGUCGCUAGCAAAUCGAACGAAUCGCAGGAAGUCGCAAAGAGAAUGUUAGAGAAUCUCUUCGACUUCUUGUCCGGUUUUGCACACGUCGGUCCAGAAACACUCAUCCCAUUGUCUACGCUUCAGCAGUGGUACAACAAGGUGCUCACAAAGUUACAGAAUGGCGGAAGUAUAUAG